CCGGGCCCGUCCUUCAAUCCCCGCUUGGUGCUGCUGUUGAACAGGCUACUUGCUGCCAGCACUCGGCCUGAUAACCAAUCUCUGUCUCAUUUCGUCGACGACUGAGUUACUUCUAUUGGUACAUUGGCUUAGACUUCGGGUGCAGUUGAUCUUGUCACUGUUCUCACACCUGAUAGCAGUCUUAACAGUGGCAGGGGGGGUGGUGCAGUUCGUCACGGCCGGUUUAGUCAACAUCGUCGCCCUGCAGGCCAGCUGACUGGAGAAAACGAAGAGUUGCGACAGAGAGCUAGAGAGAGAGCGAGAGAUAGGAAGAGUGUGUAUAGGGAGGAAGCGAGGUCCUGCGUUUGCGAGAGAAGGGAAAGGGUUGCAGAGAGGGGGAGGAAGAAAAGUCGGACUCACAGCCAGCCGAAGUGGCCCAUGCUGUUGGCUUCUUGGUUGCCCUGGGCGGUUGCAGGGCUCUAUAGUGUGUUUCCCGCAUUGAUAGGGCGUGGAAGUGGUGUGACAAGGGCGAUUUGUGGAAGAUUUUAAUGUGCAGAAGAAAAUAGUGGAUCUUUCAAGUUCAGGACAGGGAGGGAUAGUGACAGGCAUCAUCAAGAAGGGAUAUCUCGUUAGCGGCAAACUUUCAAAGGUUUCUGCAUGGAGUGGACCGCGAGCGAUAUCACUCUGACUAUUGUCUAUUGUUGUGAUCGUAAUGCGAUAUUAACAGUCUAUGGUUUUCCCGCGUAUUCUCAUACUCCCAGUCUAUUCGGAGGUGAAGCACAAGAUAGUGGAAGCUGGUCCGAGGAAAUUCCGGUUGUGUAGUCUCACGCAAACUCUGCUUAGGGUGACGGGGCCCAGUGUCUUAAGAGCCGAUGGCGAGUUAUCCUUUUCGACAUGGAUAUUCUUUCGCGGCAGGGUGUUAACAUCGGCUCCAUGUUGAUACGGAACUUAUCGAUUAAGCUCAUGGUCCAUGACGUCAUGAUUCCGCCUAUGCUGGCUCUGAGCUAUCUCUUCUCCCGGCUACAGCGCUGCUCUUUAAUUUAUUCAGCAGCAACGAUGACAGCAGCGCCCGUAUGGUCUUUGCGUUAAGUAGUUUCUUUGUCAAACCAACAAUCGACGCUCAAAUAGCAAGCUUUGGAUUAAUAUGUUCACUUGUUGUAGUCAAUGUGAGAUAAGCGAGAUUCGAUCGCGGCUUGACAUCACCUGAUUAGAACCACAGCGGAAACUGAGGAGCUUUCUUGCCCCUGACAGUUGUCGUUGCGACUUGAAGGUGCUUGUUCAGAUUCAAUUUAUGACGCCAUUACAUCGUCUGGAGUUUGCGAUGGUUUUCUAUUCGAUUUGUGCUUGUGUUUGACCGAUUUACUAGGACUUUUCUCUAAUCGCAGUAAAGGACGGUGUACAUAGGCGUUCGUAAGCACAAUUCCAAGCAGAAAGAAAGCAGAAACAUGGGGUCCAAAAGAACAGAAGAAGUAUUGUUGCAUCAGAUUUCGCUCCCAGCUCGGAGAGACUAUCAACUCCGAAGCUGCUCCAUGAAGGCAAACGCCUUAAAUAUUUCCUCUUCGCAGCUGGUGGCUCGCGCAUUUCAAAAUGCCAGGGCAAUAAGCUUCAAUGCUUCGCACGCUGAGGUUCCAUUCGUCUUGAAUCAGGCUCCCAAUCAACGUGCUUUCUUCAGUGGUCCUCUAUCCAGCCAGGCCACCGCCAUGGACCUUCCUGUCCGUGCAGGUACCACUGCUUGCGGUCAUGUCCGUGAGGGUAGUGAGAGCGAGGCGUCGUUUGCUACGGCUGGUAGUAUGGGUCACAGCGAUGAUCUCUCAGAGGUUAGUCAAGAACAAUCGAAAGAUACUGUACGCCGUGCGUUGGACAGAACGGCCCUCAUUAAGGAGCAACACACAAGCACGAGGAGCAUUCAAUCUUUGAACAAAUUGGUAAGAGCAGACAAUUUUUCGGGAGCUGUGAAACCUUCGAACAUACUUACUACUAGACGAGCUGUAAGUGGAGACCUGGGAACGCCAAAGUUGAGCGUGGACACCCGAGCUCGUAGUACUGAGAGUAGGGGAGGAACAAGGUCGAGCUUUAACAACCGAGGUCGGAGCAGUGAGGUUACAAGGGCAUCACGGUCGAACUUGGACAACCGAGCUGAGAGUAGUAAAAUCAUGAGGACGUCAAGGUCUACUUUGGACAGCCGAGGCCGUGACACUGACGUUUUGCUUGCUUCUCUGGUAGCUAAUCCUUUAAAAAUGAAUUCACAAAGUGGUGCGAAAGUGAGCAACGCUGAUAUUGGAUCAAAAUCAAGAGAGAAAGGAUCAGGAGAGAGCAGACGAAGACCUACAGCAUCCAUAGCUUGGGACAGCUUAAACAAGUCUCAAGAAAACAGCCCUCAGCAUGAACUUGCGGCUAUUCCAUUCAAGUGGGAGGAGGCCCCAGGUAAGCCCAUCACCAUUGCCGCUGCCGCUGAGAGAGCAAUGGCAAGGCAGUUUCUGAAGCAGGGCGGUGAGUCAAGAAGCCCUCAUGUGCAGAAAGAGACAGCGAGGAAAGUGCGUACAGUAGCAAUAUCGCCUUGUGAAGGAGCGGAAAUGUCAGGGCGUGAGAUGGUCUCAUCUCCUAACGGGAUGCUUACAUCCCCUAACAGCAGUUUCAGGAGCAGCCAUCGAUUUUACGCGCGCAACGCUCUCGGAGAAAAAAGUUUUGGCCCUCGAAAUAGCGUGGACAGCGCGCAUGUCAUAUCAGAGGUGGAGACCGAAGCCCACAUUGAUCUCGUGGCCCCAGCUGCUGCCAAAUUUCUCGUGGAGAAUUGGGUUUCGCCCAACGUCACACCUGAGCCCAACCUGACCACUACGAUCCCUUUCCAAUGGGAAGAAGUACCUGGUGUUCCAAAGGUCGAUGAGGAGGCAAUUAGCAGCAAGCCCGUUCAGCUCCAAUUACCACCUCGGCUCAUCGCUCCCCCACCCAUGCCAGUAGAUUCCAUGUCCAAGGAGGAGAUGAGAGGCAGACAACGAACACGCUCCAUGAGCGGUCCCCUCGCAGGUUACUACCCCCACACCUCCCCAGCACGGAGACGACAACAACAGCAAUCCCCUCCCGUCAUGCGCUCCUGCUCGCCUUCCAAGAGGUCUAUCUCUCCUUCCAAGAUUCAAGCCUUGGCUAAACACUUCACUCGCAAAGCUUCUCCCACGAGACGUACCGAUAAUUCGUGGGAGGCCCAAAAUUGGACCGGCGCUGGGAACAGAAAUCAUCGCCAUCGCUACACACAUGAUUCCAGCUCGGGUCCGUCAGAGGACUUACGAGAUAGGGAAGUUAGCCCUUACGAUGCACUCGGAAGGAGCGUUUCAGGGGCGAGAGCGAUAUCCGAGUUCGCAACUUCUCAGCAAGAUGAGCCCAGAAUGCGCGCUGCCCGCAGCUUCGCUUCUGGUCCUCUCGAUUCAUUUGCUAAACCAUCUAAUGCCCGAUACAGUUCUCCCUCAAAGAGAUCAAUAUCUCCAUCCAGGAUACACGCCCUUGCAAAACAACUGAAUUGCAAGGCAUCGCCCGAGGUGACCACCUUACAAGAAUCACACUGGCCUUUGUCCAUGAAACAUGAGGUCAGGCGUCCGAACUCCUUCACGCUAGCGCAAGUCUCUGUUUCCCUUGACCGAGGGAACGUCAAUGCUGGAGCGGCCACGGAGAGCUUUAAGCGCCAAGGAACAACACCCCGCGAAGCAAUCUCCUCUAAUCCUCAUGAUUGGGUUGAGAAGCCCCAAGAAUUACGACGUGAUCCAUGGUCGCCCACGAGUAUUCUUCAAGGCCCAAAUGACGACAGCGAAGCCCACGCUUCCGGCCCCUCAUCAGCCUCCGACAUGGACACGCAGACUCAAUCCUCGACUCAGGCAACCACUCCUGUCUCCGUUACCCUUUCAAAAUCCCUCUACAAAUCGUUAUCCCGUGUAUCAUAUGAAUCGUUUGAGCACUCGUUCACAGAGCCUACAAGUCCUGGCCACGGAUGUCCACCAACUGCCGAGGAUGCAGAAUCGAAUUCUCCGCUUGGUUCUCCCUAUCUCGGCCCAACUUCUGCAGAUUAUAGAGGAAAAGUAUCUGUAGGAGGAGCUGCCGAAGGAGUGAAAGCCAUCAUCAAAAUGUGUAGGUCAGGGUCCACAUGGAGGAAGAGCAAGACGCACAGCCCUGAGAUGUGGGCUCCCACGCUCGCAUCCUAUUUCCAGUGUUUGGAGGCUACAAUGAGCAAUCCUGGUAAUUCUCGAAUCGGCGUGAUAACACAUGUGGAUAAGCAAGAAGGGGAUAGUAGGGGACAUGGAUCAGCUCAGUGUCUGUCCGAGUUGAAUGAAUCGCAAACAAGACUGCCUUACACAAUGCCCUCUAACGUCGAGCAGAAAUUGGCUCACAAGGACUCUUUUGAUUCUUCUCAAGCCGAGUUCACAAUGUGCCUUGGGGUGAAGCUCUCACCCGCAAGAUUUGUGUCAAGAGGGGAAAGUUACUCGAGCAUGGAGCGAGUAAUGGCAUGGAGCGAACGGCAUUCGGGUCGCCCGACAAAUCACAUAGAGGAUGGAUAUCGCUCCCCAGCUUAUGCCGCGACAUUGGAGCUUUUGUCUCCGUCUACAGAGCUGACGAGUAAGAAGAAGAGGGUUAUAGGAUCAUCGAGGAGAGUCAAUUUGGUUAAGCCAAUUUCAAACACAAGAAGGAGAUCACACUUCGUGGAUGCUAUGUGCAAAUCAUUGAAGAGUGCAUUGUAUAAGUGUGCCAAACGAUGCUGCCGUGAGACAGUGAAGCUGCAGUAUAACGAAGAACCUGUCCUUCCUAAAACGGAAUUCAGUUUCUAUAAGCCAAAUUGAUUGUUCGAGCUGACGGAACGAGUACAAAUAGGUGCUGAAAAAUUCCCAAUAAUUUACUUGAAGUCAUUCAACUACUGUUAUACUAGACAAGCCCAACCAACUCUAAAGAGUAUGAGCUGUGGAAGUUGGUAGGUAUUGAUGUUUUCUAAAACUGGGGCAGUCUACAUGUACAAAUUAUUGGUGUCUUUGGACUCUUUUAGACAGACUGUACUGGAGCCAGCCUAUUUUCGUCAUUGAGGUCCUGUGUUUCGUCCAACUUUGCAUCGUGCACUCGCCACUCUGGCACAUUAGGGUUGUGGGAUAUUUGCACAUUUUUUGCUUGUCUUUUCAUUAUUUUCGGACAGAUUGUUUUACGACACCAACCAGGGAGGUUCCUUCCAGAUAUGUAGAAAUCACUUCAUAUCUCGCUUCACAAUUAAGUGGCAUUUGCACAUGCACAUACAUAUCCAACAUUGAUGUGGAAAGACUAGAUAAAGAAAUUUAUAACGAGGCCCUUGGAUUCAUUGUAUUUCGUAGAUUAUAUCAAUGCAUGGGAAUAAAUCGUUUUUGGUAUU